UUGUGGGAAGGGCGGCCGGUGCUGCCACAGCUGCCAUCUUAGGGACUCCGGGCCAGGCCUGCUAGGCCUUCGCGGCGGAGGCGGCCGUGUGCGUGGCGGGUGCGCUUGGGGCGAGGCGGAGGGUCCGCGGGCUGGGGCCGCGCUUCCCAGCGGCGAGGGGCGGCCUGCGGCGGGCAGCGGGCGACAGGCGGCGGAGCCGCACGGCGCGAGGAUGGGCCGGUCGCGGAGCCGGAGCUCGUCCCGCUCUAAGCACACCAAGAGCUCCAAGCACAACAAGAAGCGCAGCCGCUCGCGCUCGCGCUCGCGGGACAAGGAGCGGGUGCGGAAGCGCUCCAAGUCCCGGGAGAGCAAACGGAACCGGCGGCGGGAGUCGCGCUCCCGCUCGCGCUCCACCAACGCGGCGGCAUCCCGGCGCGAGCGGGAGCGCGCCUCGUCCCCGCCCGACCGCAUCGACAUCUUCGGGCGCACGGUGAGCAAGCGCAGCAGCCUGGACGAGAAGCAGAAACGGGAGGAGGAGGAGAAGAAGGCGGAGUUCGAGCGACAGCGAAAAAUUCGGCAGCAGGAAAUAGAAGAAAAACUCAUUGAGGAAGAAACAGCACGAAGAGUAGAAGAAUUGGUAGCAAAAAGGGUAGAAGAAGAAUUGGAGAAAAGGAAGGAUGAAAUUGAGCGAGAAGUUCUCCGAAGGGUUGAAGAAGCCAAACGCAUCAUGGAAAAGCAGUUGCUCGAAGAACUCGAGCGACAGAGACAAGCUGAGCUUGCAGCACAAAAAGCUAGAGAGGAGGAAGAGAGAGCAAAGCGUGAGGAACUGGAGCGGAUAUUAGAAGAAAAUAACCGGAAAAUCGCAGAAGCACAGGCCAAACUGGCUGAAGAACAAUUGAGAAUUGUUGAAGAACAAAGAAAGAUUCAUGAGGAAAGGAUGAAACUAGAACAAGAACGACAGCGUCAACAAAAAGAAGAACAAAAAAUUAUCCUGGGCAAGGGGAAGUCCAGGCCAAAACUGUCCUUCUCACUAAAAACCCAGGAUUGAAUGGCAAACUCUGAACUUUUUGCAAAGAAAAAUGAAAAAACUUCGUAUUGUAGCUUCAUGUUGAAGUGGUUUUUUUGUUUUUAUUUUUUAUUUUUUUUGUUUUUGUUUUUUUGUUUUUUUUUUUUUUAAUUUGGAAAAUCUGGAAAGUUAGCUUGUUCUAAUAGGGGCUAUGCUCUGCAAAUCCCUUUAUUUUUCCCUCUUUUCCUCCAUUAAGUCAAGUCCUUAUCAGAUCAUUGCUAUCUUCUAGAAGUGGUGUAUUUUGCACCUGUUGGGAUUCUGUACUGGUUGGGUCUGCUGAAGAGCAGGUCAUUUGGUGACUAGCUGGUCUGGUAAGGUGUUCACUGACCACUGACUUCGGAGUUAUACUCUGUUUACUACGUCAUAAUGCUGGUUUUGCUGACUUUUUGUUUUUUUAUGCAUUUAUAAAAAAAGAAAAAGUUGGUAUUGCAAAGUUGCCAGGGUUUUACUGGACCUGUGGUGUGUUGUUAGAGCAGUGUCCUUGUGAUGCUGGGGCUCUUGACGUUCCUGACAACAGGUAAGGAAACAGUUGGUCACCUGCUACAGAAGCACCUGCAGUGCGGUACUGUCUGUCGGACUCUUGUUCCUUUCAUUGACACAAUCAAACCAGCAUUCCCCACUGUAAAUAAAUGAUUUUGCUGAAUAAAGUAAAGUCUUAAAUUCA